GUCUCCCAGCUUCAACCCCACCAUGCUAAUCCAAGACCCAAGCGCAGAUACCGCCAGUACGCUAGCCAUCGGCGGGUGGCCAGCCUCCUCCGGCGAGGCGCUCGUCACAGUUGCCGACAUUGACUUGCGCUUGCACCGGUUGCUCCAGGACGACUUGCGCGCGUUGUCUGACACAAGUAUAGACCCCGAUACCUUGCGCGGCUUAGUUGAUGAAUUGCAGCGCAGCUCCGAAGACGGCUCCAGCGCCUACCACCGCGUCGUCUUGGCCCAUUUAUACUGUCUCCUUAACGACUUUGACGGCGUCCAGGCGCUACUUGCCAUCGACUUUGACUAUACUGGUUCUGACUUUGACGUGUAUCUUGCCAUCCGUGCGCGUGCGGUGACCUGCUAUGCGAUGCGUGAAAGCUCCGAGCACGAGAGUGUUGCGCGCGACGCCUCUCGUGACGUCUCCCGCUUGCGUGUCCCCUCCGCUACCAACACCAGAGGUCGCCUCUGGUUGGACCGCGUGUUCCAAAUUGCCCAGCCCCCCUCAUCCCUCGAAAAACUCCAAUCCACUUGUGAGCCCGACGUAUGUCUCGCAUUUGGUGCGUGGGCCGUCCAGAACGCGCGCACGGACAGCACGUUCGCUCAUGAUUUUGCUGCGUACGCGACGCUGCGCUCGCACGCGUUACAACAGCUCCGGUUCCCAUCCGCAACAGAAACUAGCGCGGCUGCUGAGCAACUCAUUGCUGGGCUCCAUUACGCCUGGGAUGCGGGUGUGCUUAGAUCCGCGGCCUUCAAGCCGCUCAUUGUGCAAUCGCUCAGCGUUUCGUACCAGAGCACGUUGAUUCUUGCGUCCUUUAUCGAUGUUCUGAUUCGCUUGGGAGAGUGGAAGGAGGUGCUCGCCGCGUUCGAGACCUACGUGGAAUACACCGAUAAACAUGAGAUUCAGACCCACCAGAUUGGCGAUUUGCUUGAGAUUGUACAUGUGUAUUCGCGGACGAUUGGCACAAUUGUCGGUGUGGAUGCAAUUGCAGUGGAUGAUGGAGCAAAACGGGGGCGUUUGGAGGCAUUUGCGUCACAAUUGGAGGGGUAUCUUGAGAUGGCAUGUGCCCGCGGCGGGAUAAGGUCUGCGGAUGCGUGCGCGCAAGAGGGGCGCGAAGAGGUCAGCGACGACACCCGUGACAUCUCGCGCGGCCUCGCGCGUAUUUUGGCGGCCGGUUAUGCUGCGCUCGCGCGUUACCACACAUAUGUCGCGCAGCACGCACACUCCGAUGCCACCCUCCAAUCUUCCCUCUCUCUCUCCCUCGCCCACUUCCACAAAGCCGUCAACCUCUUUCCCUCGCGCGAGCAUAUACUCCCUUACGCUAUCCAACUCACCAAGACCAAAGCCUUCCCCGAAGUCAUCCGCUUAAUGAAGCUGGAGUUGCGCCGCGACCCCGCGGACGUGCAGUGCUGGCACUUGCUCGCGCUUUGCUACUCUACGGACGAAGCUACCGUGCCGACCGCGCUGAAACUCCUUGGUAACGCGGUAGCAAUGGCAGAAACGCUUGCGGAAGGUUCCACGCUCUCUGUGGCGACCAAGACUCGCAUCUUACAGAUGAAAAUGACCCUGGUCGCGCUUUGCGAGCUGCUCGAUGGACUCGAUGCCGCGAUGGAGCUCCUUCCGGGGGUGUUUGCAUUAUACCAUGUGUUGUUUGCGCGCGAUAUUGAGGAGAGAAAAAUGACAGGGAUGACGCCGGAUGUUGAAAAGGAGAACAAAUUAAAACGAAUGUUGACAGGAUCAAAGAAGCGUGAAAAGGUGGUGAGUGCAGAGAAUGGCAUGCCACGCGACGCAAACGCGCGCGAUCUUUUGGCACGCAUGUGGCUCUGGGCUGCGACGCUUUACAUGAAAGCGGGAGCGUUGGAGGAAGCAGAAUCGGCGAUUGCGGACGCGGAUGGGUGUGUUGGGAGCAUAGGUACACAUGCUGAAACGCGCGCAGAUGCCCUUGCGGAAAUCCUGGCCGCACGCGGCUUCCUCGCGGCGCUACGUGGCGACCACCACACUGCUGCGCGUGCCUUCGAAACCGGCUUGGAAACCGCCACCAGUCUCCACUGCACGCUCGGUUUGUCAUCGCUUUUGCUCCAGGACGACGCAUACCACUCGGCUGCCGCUACUAAGUACUUCAAAUCACCAGUGGACAAGUCCAGUGCGCUAGUGCGCUUAAAGCUCGCAUUAGAGACGUUGGCGCGCGACUACCGCUACUUCAACCAGAGCGAGAUCUGGUGGUAUCUCAGCAAGAUCUACGAGAUCUUUGAUGACAAGGUGUUACUCCAGCAGGCAUUGUGGAAAUGCGUUGCGGCCGAGCAGGGCAAACCAGUGCGGGCAUUCAGCGUGUGCGAGUAGUCGGUGUAUAUAAUAGAUUACCGUUAGGGAAUUCAAAGCUAACAAGAUAUAAAAAUAUAUUAUAAAGAAAUCUCAAACUUGGAAGAUCGAUAAAGAUAUAUAUUUUUAUAUUAGCGAUAUUUUUCUGAUACAUUUUAUUCGAGAG